UUGCGCCGGCCGCCAAAGUUGCGCCAGGCUGGCUAGGCUGCACUGCACGUUACAUACCUACUAAACUCAAUUAAAAAAAUUUCUUAGGCAGUCCCACCCACAGAGUCCCUUUGUUUAGUAGUAAUCGCGCCUCAUAAUACGUAGUACUUACAUCCUCUUUGACAGCUACAACAAUUUACGAAUUUACCAUUUAUUUAGUUUACAAAUAACAAAAGUGAAAGAAAACUAACAGACUGUAAAUAUUGUUUCCUACGAAUAUUACUGCCGUGGUCUAAAAAAUGCCUGAUAAUUUUCCUUCUUUAGUAUCUUGUAAACCAUUAAAUCCAGAUUUAAUUAAAUUUAAGAAAAUAAAUAUUACAUCUGAGCAUUUUACAUUAGGUCGAGCAUUAAAAAAUUCUGUUACUAUACCAUCCAUAUAUAUAUCAAGAAGCCAUUGCUUCUUUUAUAAAAAAAAUGAUGAUUGGCUGAUUGAGGAUUAUAGUACCUGUGGCAUUGAAGUCAAUGGUGAUAAAAUGGUUAAAGGUGCAGUUAGAGUAUUGAAGAAUGGAGAUGUUAUAGCACUAGAAACAAAUAAAGAAUUUGUGUAUAGGUUUAAUUGGGAUGAUGAUGGGCUACCGCCAGGUAAACGAGUUAAACAAGACCCAGGCGAAGACUUAAGUCUAAAUGAUGUCAAAACAAAAUUUCAAGAGUCUCAAAACUAUGAAAUUAAACAUAUGGAAGAAAAAAUAAAAAAACAAAAACAGAUCAAAGAAACCAAUAAGUUACUGCAAAAGCAACUGCAUAUGGACAUGCAAAAGAAAAUAGCUCUAUUGGAGUCCAAAUUUGCAUCUCAAAUUGACAAUUUAAAGGGAGAAAAGAAUGAAAUAGAAAAACAAAAAUUUUUAAUACUUGAAGAGAAAGAUGCCCAAAUAUCAACAUUAAAAAACGAAAUGAAUGGUAAAAUAAAUGAUCUAAUGACACAGAUAAGGAAACAAAAUGAGAUAGAAUCAGAACUUGUUAUUGAAAAUGUCAGCUUAAAAGAAAAAUUACUAAAAGAAAGAGAGGAGUUUUUAUUAGAAUUGAAUAGAGAAACUUCAUCUAAACAAGAUAUGCUUGAUAAAUUGAAAGUAAAAAUGAAAGAGCAAGAAGAGUUGCGCUUAAAAGAGAAAACUGAAAUGGAAGAUAUGUUGAGGAGAGAAACAGAAAAAUUAAAGAUUCUAAAGGAGAAGGAACUUAGCGAGCUAGAAGAACAAAAACAGCAAAGGGAACUUGAAUUGAUGCAAGAGCUUAAUAAAUUAAAAGAGAAUCUGACAAAACAAAUUGAAGCAACAAAUGAAUUGAAACUGAAAUCUGAAGAACAGCUCAAUCAACAAAUGAAUGAAAUGAAGAAAAUGAGUGAUGCUGAUAGGAUCAAAAUGGAGCAGUUAGUAAAAGAACGAGAAGAUAUUCAAAUGCGUCUCCAAGCAGCAGAAGAAGAGGGAAAGAAAAAAGUUGAAGAAUUAAAGGAACACGUACAAGAAAGGGAGGUAGAGUUAGCUGUGUUGGCAGCUCAAAGGAUUCAAAUGCAAACAGAUCAAUCUAGCGAAGUUAUAUGCUCUCUGCAAAAACAACUUGAAACGGUUAAGAAUCAAUUAGAAAAUGUGGUUGAUGAAAAGAAAAGAAUACUGGAAAACUUUGCUGUGCCGGACAUAGUACAGGCUGGUCCAUCGAAGCAAAAAACGUUGGCCGAAGUUGGUGAGAUAAUGGAGAAUGAAUUGCAGUGCAGUAUUUGUGCUGAGCUGUUCGUGGAAGCGACCACGCUGGAAUGUUCGCACACAUUCUGUAAAUAUUGUAUCGACACGUGGAAGAAGAAGAAGAGAGAGUGUCCAAACUGCAGGGCGCCCAUUAAAUCUGAAUGUCGAAGCUUGGUAUUGGACUCGUUCAUUGAUAAGAUGGUCCAAAAUUUAACAGAUGAAUUAAAGAAGAAACGAGAAGAUAUGCUUAAGAGUAGAAAAGAGGAGAAUACUCCGAAGAGGAAGAAGACUGGAACGAGCUCGACUACCUCAGCACGGAGGAACAGGAGGAGCGGGAGGACGACGAGGGGUACGACGGGUACGGGAGAUGGUGGUACAACGACUACGAGAACGGCGACUUCGACUUCGAUGAAUAUCUCGAUCCAAACAGCUCUGACGUCGACUUUUAAUCCUCCGACCCAGCCAAUAGCGACUGUUGAUCUGACAACCUUGAAUCCUCCGACAUUACGACAAUCAGUGAUGAUGGUGCCGACAGGACAAGCCGUCGUCGUCGAAACCAUCUCCUUGCUUCCCCGGGAUCAAACUUCAGGAAACACUGUUCCCACGGUGGUGCUGGAGGAAACAGGAGCGCCGGUAGUGGUUAUUGAUGACACACAUUAAAUAACUUUAAUUAUAUAGCCUUUAUAAGAAAAGUUUUAGAGUACAUAAUGAUUGUAUUUGUUCAGUUGUAACGUUUUAAAUAUCUAGGUCAUGGCUGUCGUAGAUGAUGAAUGAUCCUGUGCCAGAUUCAAUGUGAAGAUUUGAUGCGGUCGAUGAUGAAAUUUUAAAAUAGCAACUUCGUGAGGUGGUUUCUCUAAAAAAAGGAAGUUGUUUGAUCACAUGUCUUAACUGCUGUCACUCACCUUCAUAAAUUCCACUGGACAGGUAUGUUCCACAUGUUUGACAGCAAAUUUUUUGUGCCCAUUUGAAGCGCCACUCGCGAGCGUCCAGAAAACUAAUUUUGACGUAUCAUACAAAUGGCUGGGAAGGAACGUACAAUACUCUGAAGUAUUUUUGCAUUUUGAAUUAAUUUCGUUUGUUUUCCGUGUUAUUUAUACUGCAUGAAUUAUUAACGUAAUAAAGUACACAUUUUUUUUCUAAAUAGUUUCCCACCAUCUAUCGAUGUUUGCUGAGGAUGUCAUCAUUAGUUUUAGUACUGCAGACUCUCGCUACAUGGCAAACAGCGCCAAAAUGGCGAAUAUCAAACAGGCACAAAAGGACUUUGACAGCCGCCAGUCCAGUGGUAUAUAGUAGAGGUCUGUGACUGCUGUGGUAAAAUAAAAAAAAUACUAUACCAGUUCCACAGACUAUCUUAGGUUUUAAAUUAGAUUGUUUUAAAAAUAAUCCUUAAAUACAAAUAAACACGGGCUUUAAUGAACUCCUUAACCAAUCCACUUACUAUUUUUCGCAUUGAUUAUGAAGAAAUCAUAGUGGUGCGAGUCAGGUGAUGGGUGAUUCUAAUGACCUUAAAGUCGUUCGGGAGCGGACCAAGCUCACAUCACAAAGGCUAUCCUAUCCUGCGACCUGCGGUCCUACCAUGAACUGUUAUUGCGAUUCAAUUGGCGUCCUAAACUGACCUGUUUCGCUAUUUCAAACGAUGACGUCAUAAGAGCUAUCCAGUUUAGGUUGACUUCAAAUCAAGUAGGAAAUUGAAUCGCAAACUGUUUUAGUUCGUACAUUCAUUCGUACCAUGAGGUAAUAUUUCAACCUAAACUAGAUAACUUAUGUGUCAAAAAAAGUUGCUAUCAUCUUAGCGGAAAGUGAAUCGUGUUGUUAAAAACUUUAAAAAAAAAUUAAAACAUAGAAAAGGAAAAUUUUAUUGAUGAAAGAUGAGAUGAGAAUACUUUAUUGGACUUUUUUGCAAAAUAAAUACCGAUAAUAUUAAAGAGAAGGCAGAAAGGCCCCUGACUUUAGCCUGUUCGCAAGAACGAAUUAAAAAAAUGUACUCUGUGCUCCUGUCAAAUCAAACCACCAUUACCAGUGGGAGGCUCCUUUGCACAGGAUGCCAGCUAGAUUAUGGGUACCACAACGGCGCCUAUUUCUGACGUCAAGCAGUAUUGCGUAAGCAUUGCUGUGUUUCGGUCUUUUAAGGGUGCCGUAGCUAGUGAAAUUACUGGGAAAAUGAGACUUAACAUCUUAUGUCUCAAGGUGACGAGCGCAGCUGUAGUGCCGCUCAGAAUUUUUGGUGUAUUUCAAGGAUCCUGAGCGGCACACAGGGCGUAUCAAUUACCAUCAUCCGAACGACCUGCUCGUCUCGUCCCUUGAUUUCAUAAAAAAAAACAUGAAUGCAGGUGCGUUCAUAACUUGUUUUAAUCGGUUUAUUUUUACGAAAACACCAAAGCAAACCUUUAAUUCGUAAUUGACAGAACUAUAUACUUAUAUAUCUACUAGCUGACCCCGCAAACGUUGUAUUGCCAUAUAAAGUAUGAUUCACGCGAUAGUUUUAUAUGUAAUAAUAAGUAAGUAAUUAUAGCCUGUACAUCAUUUUGUUCUAUUGUCAAUAGUUUGUGCAGCGCACGCAAAAGUAGGUUUUCGAUUUUACACCUUGUGUUAUAAAAUGGCAAUUUUAUUACGGAUCCCUAAUUUUGAAAAAAAAAACAUAGCCUUCCUCGAUAAAUGGACUACCCAACACUGAAAGAAUCAUUCAAAUCGGACCAGUAGUACCAGAGAUUAGCGCGUUCAAACAAACAAACAAACACUGCAGCUUUAUAAUAUUAGUAUAGAUUACAAGUACUAAAAAGGGCUUAAUUGUUUGUAAUUGGAUACUAUAAAGUACAAUUUUAAAAUGUAUUUGUAGUAAUUUCUACGCAAAAAAACUGCUAAAAUCAUAACAUUUAGGUUUGGAAACGCAGCGCAUUUGGUUCGAGUAAGGGAGACAGACUUAUGCAACAACUGUAGAGAGGCAUCUUUCUCACAUCGCGAACGACAGACAAAAUAUAUUUUGUUCAUUCUUCCAUAAGCUAUUCUAACGCCAUUCAGUUUAGGUACCUAAACCGAACUGCAUCGGAAUUGAAUCGCUAAUUAAAAGUUGAUGGUAGUCCUUCUGUACGGUACUUUACAACACGAUGUUACAUAUUUUGUACAAACAUUAAUGCAUCAAUCAUUAACUAAGUACAAGCACGAAAAAUUUCUAUAAUAAUAAGUGUUCUCUAAGCUAAUAAAACAAUAUAUUAACUGAUUCGCUUUGACUCUAGAAGUCGACUUUGUUGGGGGAUUCCUCAGACCAUACUAUUUUCUUUGUCAAUGAUAAAGCUUAUAACUGCAACCGUCUUACAAUGAUGGAUUACUGUGUAAUAGGUAAUAUACUCUUACACAGUCGAUACCAAUUUAAAUAUUGGCAUCAAGAAGUUUAGUGUUAGGUAUGUUUCCGUUAGUAACGUCGUAUCUUCUUGCAACAUAGUUGACUUGAUAUGCAGCAUAUAAUAUAUUCUUCGGAGUCUAAUUUUAAUAUCCUAAAACUAUUUUAGGUGGUAAAUAUUUCUAAAUGUGAUUUUAGUGUUCCUUCAGUUGAUUUAUUUCAUUAUUAGAUGGAUAGAUACUUGUCUUUUAGAUGCGUGUAUGUAGCUUUUACCCUCUGUUGGGGAAAACGCAACUGUUAUAUUACAUAAUUCACGCAAACAGCGUUUAUUUGUGAGCUCUGUAUGUUUUGUAUUAGUGUCUAUUUUUCCAAGCUCAAUAUAAUAAACUCAAUCUGAUUUUAAUUAAUGUAAUAUAUAUAAAACAACUAUGACAUUUUGGAUGUGUUAAAUGUAUGAUUCUGUAUAUAAUAAAAUCUUCAUAUUUCAUAAAA